CUUCACUCACUUCACAUGAUCUUUAAUUAUUUUUCUCUAUCAUAUUUAUUCUCCUUCUGCUAACACCAAACUAUGAUUUCUUGGGUUUGUUGUUGCAGCAGCCAUGGUUGAAUCAGGUGGUCAGAGUUUAUCGGGUAGAUUUUUUUGGAAAGUUGAAGGAAGCUGCUUUUUCAGAGCUUUUCCUAAAUGGCUUCUUCUAGAACUAGUCACAAUUUCGUUCCUACUCCUUUCCACAAGACUUAGUUACUCAUCUACCGCGCCUGAUAUUGAAGGUGAAGCUUUGAUUGAGUUUCUCAGUUUCCUAAAUGAUUCCAAACACCAAAUAACAGAUUGGGAUGAUAAUCUUGUCAGCCCUUGCGUUAGUUGGUCUCAUGUCACUUGUAGGAAUGGAAAUGUCAUAUCAUUGGACCUGGCUGCAAAAGGAUUUUCAGGAAUCAUUUCAUCUUCAAUUACCAAACUGAAGUUUUUGGUUAAGUUGGAUUUACAAGACAAUGAUUUAUCAGGUUCUUUGCCUGAUUUCUUUGGUGACAUGCUUCACCUAGAAAGUUUGGAUCUUGCAAAUAAUAAAUUCAGUGGCUCCAUACCCAAGAGUUGGAGUCAACUAACCAAUUUAAAGCAUUUGGAUCUUUCAUCAAAUAAUUUGACUGGAAGAAUUCCAGCACAGUUCUUUUCAGCUCCAACCUUCAAGUAAAUUCCACAAGAAAAUUUAUCCAUUUUCAUUUUAGUGGUACUGACGAAGACCAAAAAAGUCUAUUGCAUCAUAUCUACAAAAUGGGGGAAAAAAUGGGUCAAAAGCUAUCAAAGCUAGAGGAACUAAUGUGUGACCCCAAGUAUUGAGUGGUUACUUAUGGACACGUAUUAGAUUAUUUAGUUCAUAACUGACAGCAGAUAAAAGGGUAUGAUUAUGCUAUUCAGGUUAAAUUGUUGGUCUUUAAUGACAUCCCUCUUAACCACGUUUCCAUUUUCUAGAUGCAUCAAGAUGACAGACUAUAACCCAAAAUAUCUGGUUUAUUGCCCUAUGUACAUUACUUAUCAUUGCUCUAUCAGCUUUACAGGGACACAUCUUGCCUGUGGCUCUACCUUUCCCCAUCCUUGUGUUUCAGGCUCUCCUCUCCCAGUUUCAAGCAGCUGGACAAAACUAAAAAUUGUUACGACUUCUGCAAGUUGUGGUGUUUUAGUUCUUCUAUUACUUGGAGCAAUCUUUGCAUGCCGUUGUUAUCAAGCCCAGAAUUUAAAACAUGAAAUUUUUGUUGAUGUGGCAGGCGAAGAUUAUGGAAAAAUUUCUUUUGGCCAGCUUAGAAGAUUUUCAUUGCGUGAAAUCCAGCUUGCAACUGAUCAUUUCAGUGAAAGCAAUAUAAUUGGACAAGGAGGCUUUGGAAAAGUUUAUAAAGGUGUCCUCGCUGACAACACAAAGGUUGCUAUAAAACGCCUUGCUCCUUGUUAUAGUCCUGGUGGAGAAGCUGCAUUUCAAAGGGAAGUCCAACUUAUAAGUGUUGCCUUUCAUAAGAAUCUUUUACAGUUGAUUGGGUUCUGUACAACCCCAUCCGAAAGAAUCCUUGUUUAUCCUUUCAUGCAAAACCUUAGUGUUGCAAACCAAUUGAGAGGUAUUUUAAUUAACUGCACUCUUGUACAGAUAUUCAUUUUGUUUGUCCUAACUUUGGUCAUGGUUUAAAACUGGAGAACUGAUAGUAGAGCAGGAAAUUUUUUGUUUUUUGUCUUUUGAUUUUUGUUUUGUGUUUUUUUUUUUUUUUUGUGUCUUAUUACUGUUUAAUUCCUUGAAAAAUGAGAACUUAGAAUUCUCUAGAAAACUCACACUAAUUUUAUCUCAAUUCUUAUUCUUUUUUUUCUUUUACCUCUAUGGUUAUAGUGUUUAGGAUCUUCCAGAACGAGCAUUUAUCAUGUAACAGUCUGUCUGAAGUGAAUUGGAAAUGGUGAAUGGUUGCUGUGACUCCAUUUAUAUUCUGUGGGGUUAACUUAGAGCUUUUAAGUGGCUAGUCUUGAUUUUAAUUGCAGAUUUCUAGCUAAUAAUGACCUCUAAAAUAU